GUGAAGAUCAAUUGACUCGAUUGAUAUAUUGGGAUUAGGAAGACAAGGCACAGGUUUCACCCCGUCAGCUCAGUUCCCAAUCUGUGACUGUUUUUUUUUUUUCCCCAGCAAGAGACCGUCCCCUUUGCCACUCCCGUUUUCCUUCUCUGGCAGCAAAUGAAGUAACUGCUGAGCCAGCUCUGGUUUUCGGGAAGUCAGAUGAUCUUUUCCCUCUUCCUACUCUCUGGCUCUCCCUGCCCCAAGGUGGAUACCAUGGACCCACUAAUGGCUCUUCUUUGCCUGCUGUCCCUGUACCCAGGCUUGGCUGCAGCCGCUCCCUCCUGCCCUCAGAACGUGAAAAUCUCAGGUGGCAAUUUCACCCUCAGCCACGGUUGGGCCCCUGGGAGUGUCCUCAUCUACUCUUGUCCCCUGGGUCAUUAUCCAUCCCCAGCGUCUCGGCUGUGCUUGAGCAACGGACAGUGGCAGACCCUACGAUCUACCCGGUUGACAAAGGCAGUCUGCAAACCUGUUCGCUGUCCAGCACCUGUUUCUUUUGAGAAUGGCAUGUAUACCCCACGGCUGGGGUCCCACCCUGUGGGCGGCAAUCUGAGCUUCGAGUGUGAUGAUGGCUUCACACUGCGGGGCUCGUCUGUGCGGCGGUGUCGCCCCAAUGGCAUGUGGGAUGGGGAGACGGCCGUGUGUGACAAUGGCGCCAGCCAUUGCUCCAACCCGGGCAUUUCGGUGGGCUCAGUGAGGACAGGGUCCCGAUUUGGCCUUGGAGACAAGGUGAGCUACCGCUGCUCCUCGAAUCUGGUGCUGACGGGGUCUGCAGAGCGGGAGUGCCAGAGCAAUGGGGUCUGGAGUGGAACGGAGCCCAUCUGCCGCCAGCCCUACUCUUACGACUUUCCUGAGGAUGUGGCCCCCGCCCUAGGCACCUCCUUGUCUCACCUACUUGGAGCCACCAAUCCCACUCAGAAGAAGAAUGAAAAUGUGGGCCGAAAAAUCCAAAUCCAGCGCUCUGGUCACCUGAACCUCUACCUGCUCCUGGAUGCUUCUCAGAGUGUAGCAGAAGAUGACUUUCGCGUCUUCAAGGAGAGCGCCAUCCUCAUGGUGGACAGGAUCUUUAGUUUUGAGAUCAAUGUUAGUGUCGCCAUCAUCACCUUUGCAUCAAAGCCCAAAAUCAUCAUGUCCGUCCUGCAUGACAGCUCCCGGGAUGUGACCGAAGUGAUCGACCGUCUGGACAACAUCAACUAUAAAGACCAUGAAAAUGGAACCGGAACUAACACCUAUGAGGCCCUAAAUAGUGUCUAUAUCAUGAUGAAUAACCAAAUGCAACGCCUCGGUAUGAAAACGGCUGCCUGGCUGGAAAUCCGACACGCCAUCAUUCUUCUGACAGAUGGGAAGUCCAAUAUGGGGGGCUCUCCCAAGCCAGCAAUUGACAGUAUCAAAGAGAUCUUGAACAUCAACCAGAAGAGGAAUGACUAUCUGGACAUAUACGCCAUCGGGGUGGGCAAGCUGGAGGUGGAUUGGAGAGAACUGAAUGAGCUGGGGUCCAAGAAGGAUGGUGAGAGGCAUGCUUUCAUUCUGCAGGACACAAAGGCUCUGUACGAGGUCUUUGAGCACAUGCUGGAUGUCUCCCAGCUCAUAGAUACCAUAUGUGGGGUGGGAAACGUGUCAGCUAAUGCUUCUGCCCAGGAGAGGACACCUUGGCAUGUCACUAUCAAGCCCAAGAGCCACGAGACCUGCCGGGGGGCCCUCAUCUCGGACCAAUGGGUCUUGACAGCUGCUCAUUGCUUCCGCCAUGCCGAUGAGGACCGUUCCCUGUGGCGGGUCAAUGUGGGGGAUCCCAACUCCCAGUGGGGCAAAGAAUUCCAAAUCGAGAAGGCGGUGAUCUCCUCGGAGUUCAAUGUCUUUGCCAAGAAGCAACAGGGAAUCCUGGAAUUCUAUGGUGACGACAUUGCCCUGCUGAAGCUGGCCCAGAAAGUGAAGAUGUCCACUCAUGCCAGGCCCAUCUGUCUUCCCUGCACAGUGGGGGCCAAUCUGGCUCUGCGGAGACCCCCAGGCAGCACCUGCCGAGAGCACGAGAACGAACUUCUGGAUAAACUGAGUGUUCCUGCUCAUUUUGUGGCCUUGAAUGGGGACAAACUGAACAUUAACCUCAAGACAGGGACUGAGUGGACAAGCUGUAUUAAGGUCGUCUCCCAAGACAAAAAAACGUUCCCCAACUUAACAGAUGUCAAAGAGGUGGUGACCGACCAGUUCCUAUGCAGUGGGACCAAGGAGGAUGACAACCCCUGCAAGGGAGAAUCUGGAGGAGCAGUUUUCCUUGAGCGGAGAUUCAGGUUUUUUCAGGUGGGCCUGGUGAGCUGGGGUCUCUACAACCCCUGUGGCAGCUCUGAUAAAAACUCCCGCAAGAGAGCCCCCAGGGGCAAGGUGCCGGAACCACGAGAUUUCCACAUCAAUCUCUUCCGCCUGCAGCCCUGGCUGAGGCAGCACCUGGAGGGAGUCCUGAACUUUUUGCCCCUCUAAUCAUGCCCACUGACCCCUUUGCUGUCCUGCGGGAACUGCUAUCUCUCCCAUGUCCUACUUCUGAAUCUCUGUCCUCCUACCCCAUGACCCAUCCUCACUCUUCGCCCUGCAGCAUAAGUCAGGCCUCUGGGGUCCCAAGGCAGUGCUCAGCCCACCCUUGGCUUUACAUGACUCACUCUCCUUUCACUUUCACGUGGAAUUUCCCAGUUAUGAAAUUAAUAAAAAUUAAUGAUUUCUA